AUGUGGAGGAGCAUAGCCAUUCUCCUAGUGCUGGUGGCUGGGGGCUGUGUCUUAGCUACAUGGACUGUUAGUGACCCUGACUUGGUUGGAAUACUCUGCCCGGGAGAGGGGGAGACUCGAGAUCAUGAAUGGAUAACACGUGAGGCGAUCAGACGAAAUAUCCGCGACUUCUUCCUGAAAUAUCCGCCAGCACCCGAUUUCGUGGUGUCUGAAAAUGCCACGCUGACGGAACUCUUCCAUAGCUACUACGGCCCCACCUCCUCCCCCACCAGGUUUAUCAAGGCUGUCAAUUCCAUCGCAGCCGCCAACGUCAAGGCUGAUUCGUUACAGCAGUACAGGUACGACCCGGCCAUACAGGGAGACGGUGAACGUCUGGCGGAGGUCCAGUCCAAACUCACCGCCCGCUACCCGAAAAUCCUCACCUCCAUCCUACGCGACCAGGCUUACUCCGCCGCUCGCUCACUCCUCGGCACCUCCCUCCACACACUCCAGAAAUUCUACUCCCACUCAACCUGGGUCGAACAAGGUCACGAUGGCAUACUGAAGGAGUUGGGCAUCCCGGGCUAUGUCUUGGAUGGCCUAGCGGGGGAAGAGGAAGACGUCUGUGUACCUUGCCCCAAUCCAGAGGGGUGUGAUGGCAACGUGCUGGAGAAGGCAGGUCUCAGUACUGGCUACUAUGUGUAUCCUGACGACAUCGGCAGCGACUACCUCAUUCCUAAGCCUUCUACAGGUGGUAAGUGUAGUCACGGAGGCUCACUAGACACCAGCAGAAGUGAACCUGCUAUUGGUGGCAUCAACAAGGACACUUCCUACCCCUGCUUCUCCCCCCACCACCACCUCCACCUUCAGGCUGCUGAUCUUGCUGUCAAGGCCACACAGUAUUACCUGGACCGGGUGCUAGAUGCAGUUGGGGUGGACAUGUACAGAAGAUUCUAUGAUCUAUAUGAAGGCUCGGCUCUCUCUAUCUGCAUUGAUACUACAGGGUCUAUGGAUGAUGACAUCAGGGCGGUUCAAGAACAAGUCGCUGAGAUUGUGGCCAACUCCCACCCUGAACUGUACAUCCUGGCACCCUUCAACGACCCAGAAGUGGGACCUCUCCUGGUGACGGACAACGCGCAGGAGUUUCUCGAUGCUGUCAAUGCUCUGGUCCCCGGCGGAGGUGGUGACGAGCCUGAGCUGUUCUGGGGAGGUCUUCAGCUGGCCCUGUCGGUAACCUAA